AUUUGUAUCUUCCGGUUCUUGCAUGAAAACUGCAAUAUAUUCCCGCAAUGAUUUUCCUUGCUAGCCCGUUGGCCGUGUUGGCCGUGUUGGCCGUGCUCACUGCGCCCACGCUCGCAUUCCCUCCAGGCCUGGGCUGUUUGGAUUCGGACUGCGAAAGCAACUGGACAUCUUGGAAGGACACGAGCGCCUUCUGCCAGAACAACACUGCGAUCGGAGUGAUCAAUUCGUGUAUUGCAUCUUCGUCCUGCAGUGAGAGUGAGAAAACCGACGCGUACCGGGGUGUAGCUCAGGCGUGCAUUAACGCCGACGUCACUAUCACGGCGCAGCCUGAAGCUACCUUCUCCAUAACCUCCGACGGCAGCCCCUGGCCCUUUACGUGGACCUCUGGAGCGCAUCCCUGGGGCUCCGGCGGCCCCUUUGGGCCAGGACGUGGCGGCGGUUGGGGGCCUUGGGGCUCUCAGGGCCAGUGGACUUCCGGUCCGUGGACGUCUUGGUGGAAUGAUAAUGACAGGGGUCCUGGCCACUGUCCAAAUCGGAGCUGGCCCGGUUGGACGUCGGGUUCUUGGAGUUCUGGCGCCCCGUGGACAAGUUGGACAGCAUGUACAUGCUACGCGACAUCUACUACCACGGUCACGGCGACGGCGGGCUCUGGUCAGCCAACGACAAGCGUCUCGUACGUCUAUCGGGUCGCAGAGGCGGCAUCUGUAUCCUCGACGUCCUCCGCCGCUACAGCAGACACGUCGAAUGCAGCGAUGCUAGUGUCUGUUGAGCCUGGAAUCUUGGUUGCCGGGGCUCUGGCGGCCGUAUUCGCGUUGUAGACGAGACACUGCGUCGGAAUUCCUGCAUACCAGACUUCAGCUGCGGAGACCGGGAGCCAUACCUUGUAUUUUCCGGCGGUUCCCUGCGUCGUCGGAUUGAAUGUUGCAUCGCAUGUGUCAGACGCCCGCGGAUUAUGCCCUGUUUCUAGUAAGCUUAGACUGAUCAGAUGUUGAUGUUGGGUGAAUGUCCGUUGUCUGUCAGACAGCAUUGGACGCCAAUUGUUUAGCCUUUGGAAAUUAACGUAUAGUAUAUAUUAAAGGCAAAAUAAAAACUGGUUUCUGGAUAUAUCCGUGAUUA